GGCUUGUGAAACUCCACCCAUAAAUCAUCGUACAUAGAACCUUCCGUGUUUCCCUUGUUAAUUUUUACACAUAAGCACAUAAGUUUGACUGUUUGUCGCUUAUGACAUUUGUCUUCAGUCAACGCCAAAGUACUUAUUUCUCCCUUCUAGAAUUUUGCAUUAAACAACUUAAUUCCUCAUUAUUUUGAAUUUAACAAAUAUUAAUAACCUAGUGAUAGACUAGCUACGUUCAAAAUGUCCAAAAGAAGAAUUGAGGUGUUGGACCCGUUUAUUAAAAAGAAAAGGGAAGAGAAAGGCAUUAGUACUGCUGUAACACAGGUAGCAUCUGGCUCAAUGAAUCCCUAUACUAGUCUACCGUAUACCCAACGAUACCAUGAGUUGUUCAGAAAACGUAUCGGACUCCCGGUGUUCGAAUACCGUGCCGAUUUCAUGCGGAUACUGAGCGAGCAUCAGUGCAUUGUGUUAGUAGGCGAGACAGGUUCAGGAAAGACAACACAGAUCCCUCAAUGGUGUGUUGAAUAUGCACGAACGGUGGGUUCCAAAGGGGUAUGUUGUACUCAACCUAGAAGGGUAGCUGCUAUGUCAGUCGCUCAGAGAGUUUCUGAAGAAAUGGAUGUUGCAUUAGGACAAGAGGUUGGUUACAGUAUAAGAUUUGAGGAUUGCUCUUCAUCAAAAACAAUUUUGAAAUACAUGACAGAUGGUAUGUUGCUGAGGGAAGGGAUGAGUGAUCCAAUGCUUGAGGCAUACCAGUGCAUACUCCUUGAUGAGGCCCAUGAACGAACUUUGGCUACUGAUAUUCUAAUGGGAGUAUUAAAGGAAGUCAUUAAACAAAGGAAAGAUUUGAAAUUGGUCAUUAUGAGUGCAACAUUAGAUGCUGGUAAAUUCCAGCAAUAUUUUGAUAAUGCCCCAUUAAUGAAUGUACCUGGCAGGACACAUCCUGUUGAGAUUUUCUAUACACCUGAGCCUGAGAGGGAUUAUCUUGAAGCUGCUAUCAGAACAGUGAUACAGAUACAUAUGUGUGAAGAAGUUUCAGGUGAUAUUUUGUUAUUUUUGACUGGUCAAGAAGAAAUUGAAGUAGCUUGUAAGAGAAUCAAAAGGGAAAUUGAUAAUUUAGGUCCAGAAGUAGGAGAACUUAAAUGCAUUCCUUUGUAUUCCACAUUGCCUCCCAAUCUACAACAACGAAUUUUUGAAGAUCCUCCACCAAAUAAGCCCAAUGGAGCAAUUGGGAGAAAGGUAGUGGUGUCGACAAAUAUUGCUGAAACAUCACUGACAAUAGAUGGAGUAGUGUUUGUGAUAGACCCUGGAUUUGCGAAACAGAAAGUGUAUAAUCCCAGAAUUAGGGUAGAAUCUCUUCUUGUAUCACCCAUCAGCAAGGCCUCAGCACAGCAGAGAGCUGGUAGAGCUGGCAGGACGCGACCUGGAAAAUGUUUUAGACUGUACACAGAGAAAGCAUUUAAAAAUGAGAUGCAAGAUAAUACUUAUCCAGAAAUUUUAAGGUCAAACCUUGGUUCGGUGGUGCUGCAACUGAAAAAACUGGGUAUUGACGACUUGGUGCACUUCGACUUCAUGGACCCACCGGCACCCGAGACAUUGAUGCGUGCCCUGGAGUUGCUCAACUAUCUGGCGGCAUUGGACGACGACGGCAACUUGACAGACCUCGGGGCCGUUAUGGCCGAGUUCCCGCUCGAUCCGCAGCUGGCCAAGAUGCUCAUCGCCAGCUGUAAUCACAACUGCUCUAAUGAGAUACUCUCCAUCACUGCCAUGCUGUCAGGUAUUUAUAUCUGCAGAGUGCGAUGGGCAGAAUGAUUGCAUUUUUUUUUAAUAUUGGUCAUCUGUAGUAGGAUGGUUGUCAGUGUAGUCGGUGGAAUUUUGAUAGCAUGGUGACUACUUUUUGUGUCUGCGGGUUUUGUACUACGUGAGUCACGAAAACAAAUCCUAAAUAUCUGAGCCCCGAUAGCGCUAUGCAGAAUUUGAGAGACCUUGUUCAUAUAAUUUUCAAACUGGCUGGAGACUGAAACUGGGGAAAGUGUUUCUUAAUGAUGUGCUAAGAAAUCCUCAAAUAAUUUAUGAAGAAUAUUUUAUGUAAUGUGCGCCUAAAAUCAAAAGUACUUUAGCUAUUAUUUUUAUCUUUAGCAUUUUAUAGGAGGAUGUAAAAUGACAUACUCUAGUUUAAAAAGUUAUAGUAUUUUGCCAUUAAUAGCGUCACUACAAACAUGUACGAUAUUUUUUUCUCAGAAAAUUGGUACGCCACUUGAUAUUUUUCAGAGUGAAUAUUUUUACUAGUAAGCUUGAUCAUUUUAUUAAAUAUAUAAUAGUGUGGGGACAAUGCCCGAUAAAACUAUCCAUAUUAUAUAACAAAAAGUUAUGAUUAAACAUUACAAAACAGAAAAAAAUUUACUGUCACAGUGCUAACCUCAGUUUGUGCGUGCAACAUGCACACAUUUAGUCUUAGAGAGCCGCUGGGUGCUACCUCCACGUUCGACAGUCCGAAACCGUCUUCCAGGCAAUCACAACGUCCAUAGCCAAGAGAAAAGUUUUCUUGGAACGGGAUUCUAACCCGCGCACCUCACGGCGUCUGAUUUAUAGAAACGUAGCGACUACAACUACGCCACCGUGUUGCGUAUACUAAAUGUACAAAAAAUUGAUCAGAUUCUUCAAUUCACGAAAUAUCUUCAUAUUCACAGAAGACGAAUGUCUAUGCUCUUGGUUGUUUCACACUUCAAUAACUACAGCUCUUAUGUUGUAACCGCAUCUGACUAGCUAUAUUCAAUAAAUUGUAUUGCAUUGUUGUCGCAAUUGCUACAUCGCAUCGCCGGGAUGUCAUUGACGACUUCUCCUCAUGUGCUAAAGUACCAAAUUCGUCACGUGGCUGUCCCCCUGGCAGCGACGCACUUGUACGUAUAAAAAAUAUUUAUAUCAUUCGCCUAUAUAUUUGAAAUAUGCCUAAUAGACUAGACAAAAAAUUGAAAUACACCCCCACCCCCCAUUUUUUUUAAUUAUCUGAAGUCUGAAAUAUCAAAAAUUAAUUUUCAGCGAUUUUUAUUUUUUAACUUUUUGCCUCAAUCUCCUCCGCCACUGGACCGAUUUUCAAAAACUAGCUAAGCUUUUUCGUCCUUGGCAUAGUAGGAACUUUGUGUAAAAAUUUCACCAAAAUCCAAACAGUACUUUCCAAGUUAUAUAAGGGUUAAGGAUUAACGGACAGGCAGACAGGCCGACAGAAAUGGUGUGUCAUAAUUUUUGGCGAUGUAGAUGUCAUAUAACAUCCAAAAAAACAUAUCUCAUUUUCGAUUUAUUGGCGAAUACAAUACUUCCCAGCCAGUGGCGUGGGAAGUAAAAUAUCAGUGGUGUAUCAUUUUUUUGUAGAAGAUAUUACAAGGCGCAUUUUGAAGCUGCAAGAUUCUAGUUUUCACUUUUUUAGCCGAAACAUUUUAGCGACAAUGGUUGUCAUGUAAUUCUAACAGAUAGCACAAGAAACAUUUUUUACAAAACUUUUGUCUUCUUCAUUUUAGUCCACGGGCUUGAAAACAAUCUUAUAGGGGGUUUAUUCCAGUGUCCGGAAAUAAAAGGAUUCUUUUUCAUUCAAAGUCAGAUAUCUCCGCGCCAAUUGAUCGUAUCGGGAUUUUAAAAGCAGGAUAUUGAAGCAAUAUGAAAGGCUUGUUACUUGCAAUCUGACUAUUAAUAUCUACCACAUCCAAUACAGCGACGAUCCUACUACACAAUAUUGGCCAUAAGUAUUACUCACCCUGGGUAUUUUUUUGUAUGUGACAAAACAUAUUGCAUAUUGUUUAAAUAUGUCAGCUCAAUAGUACAGUUCAUUGAUUAGUAACUUGUAGAAUAAAUAUUAAACAAUUCCAACAGUGAACCUGUAUAAAGCAAAACAUUUUCUAUAAAAAAAAUAACGAUUCUUAUUGAAACAUGCAUAAUUCCUGUAAAGUAGAAAAGCAGCGAACCGUUCUUAGAGACCAUUGUACUAUUGAAUUGCAAACGUAGUAAGGCCUAAACAUUCCGUUUUCUCUUUGAGCAAAUGGUGAGUAAUGCUUUUUAGCAGACGUUUGCUGACUUCAUUUUUCAGGAAAGCAAGGAUUGAUCACAAACUUCCUUUACUGAUUUUUCGUCAUUACAGUCGCUCUUAUCUUCUUUGAAGCAUCCAAUCCAACAUAUAUUAUAUUCAA